AGUCGCGUCAGCCGCUACCACUCUGAACUGACGGUGCGCGAGAGUCGUAUGCGAAUCAUAAGUGCAAAGUGAGACUUGGGUGUCGUGGAAUUUCCUUUUUUUCGUGAGCAAGGGCCCCAUGAAGCGGCUGUCAUGCACAUAGCGGCACUGAUCGCACUCGUGCAGCUGUCGCUAGCUACAGCUGUUUCAGAUGGCGCAUACUCCCUCACAGCUGCGGAGUUGAACCGUCAACUCUCCAGCAAUGACCUCUCUAUCUUCUACGAGGCCAGCAACGAAGACACAGGCGUCACCUUCAUGAGAGGUUCCAGGGCAGCUGACUCUCCACUCUCACCCGAUAUUGACGUACAGUGCUCGGCCGACUUCAUCGAUGUCACCGUAGACUUCCCUGAUGUGUACGAUGGUAUUAUUUACAGCAAGGGAUUCUUGAACGAUCCGAAUUGCAAAUAUGUUUCCCUCGGAGGCAGUCAAUCCCGGUAUUCAUUCCGAGUACCCCUCAAAGGUUGCGGUUCCAGACCCCUGUGUAAUGCUUGUGGCACUAUAGACAAUGUGCUAGUCUUCCAGGCUGACGAUUUCGUUCAAGGUCCCCUGGACUUUGCCAGAAAGGUUUCUUGUGUGAGCACAUCUCUUGAAGUAUCAGCCGGUGUUGGCGCCAGGGAAGAAACUCAUACUCUCAAGCUUAAACCUUUUAUGGUGGACAUGCUCGACGUUGUUGCAGUCCAAGGCCCCGCUGGCGGAGUUGAAUGUUGGAUGGAUAUACAGAAAGGAGUUUUCCCUAACACAACUCCACUAAAGGAUUCUAUCAAGAUUGGAGAAUAUCUAACAAUAUUGGUGUACUUGAAAGACAUUAGGAAUCAGUUCAGCUUGAAGAUACAUGACUGUUGGGCAUACGAUAAUGAGAACUACGACAACCCUAAAACUAAUAAGAUUCAGCUUACAGAUAAAGAAGGAUGCCCCAAAAAGAAAAAGUUUAUCGACUUAUUCCAAAAAACAACGAAUACUGGCAAAAGUGGAGCUACAAUAAUCGCUUACAGCAAAGUCAGCGCGUUCCGUUUCCCUGAAACUGACCAAGUAUAUUUGACUUGCAAUGUCGAACUGUGCACAAAUAACUGUGACGCCAAUUGUGAAGGAAUAACACAGGAAAUAUCGACCACUAUUACACCACAACUCUGUUACCCUGGCUCUAACGACCCACGCUGCCGUCAAACAACAGUUCCUCAGAUUAAAUGCUAUCCAGGUUCAAACGAUCCGAGAUGUCCAAGAGUUGAACAACCGACAACACCAGCCGCUCCGAACUGCUAUCCAGGCAGCACUGAUCCAAGAUGUCCGAAGCCCACAACGCCAGCUGGUCCUAACUGCUACCCAGGCAGCACUGAUCCAAGAUGUCCGAAACCCACAACGCCAGCUGGUCCUAACUGCUACCCAGGCAGCACUGAUCCAAGAUGUCCGAGACCCUCUACGCCAGCUGGUCCUAACUGCUACCCAGGCAGCACUGAUCCAAGAUGUCCGAAACCCACAACGCCAGCUGGUCCUAACUGCUACCCAGGCAGCACUGAUCCAAGAUGUCCGAGACCCACUACGCCAGCUGGUCCUAACUGCUACCCAGGCAGCACUGAUCCAAGAUGUCCCAGACCCACUACGCCAGCUGGUCCUAACUGCUACCCAGGCAGCACUGAUCCAAGAUGUCCGAAGCCCACAACGCCAGCUGGUCCUAACUGCUACCCAGGCAGCACUGAUCCAAGAUGUCCGAGACCCACAACGCCAGCUGGUCCUAACUGCUACCCAGGAAGCACUGAUCCAAGAUGUCCGCAACCCACAACGCCAGCUGGUCCUUACUGCUACCCAGGAAGUACUGAUCCAAGAUGUCCGCGACCCACAACGCCAGCUGGUUCUAACUGCUACCCAGGCAGCACUGAUCCAAGAUGUCCGAGACCCACUACGCCAGCUGGUCCUAACUGCUACCCAGGCAGCACUGAUCCAAGAUGUCCGAAGCCCACAACGCCAGCUGGUCCUAACUGCUACCCAGGCAGCACUGAUCCAAGAUGUCCGAGACCCACAACUCCAGCUGGUCCUAACUGCUACCCAGGAAGCACUGAUCCAAGAUGUCCGCAACCCACAACGCCAGCUGGUCUUAACUGCUACCCAGGAAGUACUGAUCCAAGAUGUCCGCGACCCACAACGCCAGCUGGUCCUAACUGCUACCCAGGCAGCACUGAUCCAAGAUGUCCAAAACCCACAACGCCAGCUAGUCCUAAUUGCUACCCAGGCAGUACUGAUCCAAGAUGUCCAAGGCCCACAUCGCCAGCUGGUCCUAAGUGCUACCCAGGCAGCACUGACUCAAGAUGUCCUAGACCCACUACGCCACCUGGUCCAAACUGCUACCCAGGCAGUACUGAUCCAGGAUGCCCUCAACCAACAACUUCUAAACCUGCAUGCUAUCCUGGUUCCCCUGACAAGAACUGUCCACAGCCUUCAAAACCAACGACAAUAACACCACCUACGUAUUUACCACCAUCAACCACCGAAUUUAAAUGUUACCCUGGAAGCACCGACCAACGUUGCCCUCAAAUUACUACACCUUCAACUCCCGCUUGUUACCCAGGCAGCACUGAUCCACGUUGUCCUAAACCAACAACACCUGCAUCUCCAAACUGUUAUCCAGGUAGCACAGAUCCUCGAUGCCCAAAACCAACCACUCCUGCCCCUGCCAAUUGCUAUCCUGGAAACACUGACCCACGUUGUCCACGACCAACUAGUCCAAAACCAGUGUGUUACCCAGGAUCCCCUGACCCGAGUUGUCCUCAACCGUCUAGACCAACAACUUUAACCCCACCCACGUAUCUUCCACCAUCUACUGCUACUCCGAAAUGUUACCCAGAUAGCACUGAUCCUCGGUGCCCAAAACCCACUACACCGGCUCCUCCUAACUGCUAUCCAGGAACUAACGACCCUCGUUGCCCAAGACCAACUACGCCCUCUGCUCCCAAAUGUUACCCUGGCAGCACAGACCCUCGAUGCCCGAAACCCACUACUCCUGCUCCUCCCAACUGUUAUCCAGGUAGCACAGACCCUCGGUGUCCAAAACCCACAACACCUGCUCCUCCAAAUUGUUAUCCCGGAAGUAAUGAUCCUCGCUGCCCAAGACCAACUACACCCGCUGCUCCUAGAUGUUACCCUGGCAGCACAGACCCUCGAUGCCCGAAACCCACUACUCCUGCUCCUCCCGACUGUUAUCCAGGUAGCACAGACCCUCGGUGCCCAAAACCCACUACACAUGCUCCUCCCAAUUGUUACCCAGGCAGCACUGAUCCACGUUGCCCUAAGCCAACAACAACUGCACCUCCAAACUGUUAUCCAGGUAGCACAGAUCCUCGAUGCCCAAAACCCACUACACCGGCUCCUCCUAACUGUUAUUCAGGUAGCACAGAUCCACGAUGCCCAAAGCCUACAACACCUGCACCACCCAACUGUUAUCCAGGAAGUAAUGACCCUCGCUGCACAAGACCAACUACACCCGCUGCUCCUAGAUGUUACCCUGGCAGCACAGACCCUCGUUGUCCAAAGCCAACCACAUCUGCCGCUCCCAAUUGUUACCCAGGUAGCACAGAUCUUAGGUGCCCAAAACCAUCUACGCCUGCGCCACCUAACUGCUAUCCAGGAAAUAAUGACCCUCGCUGCCCAAGACCAACUACGCCCGCUGCUCCCAAAUGUUACCCUGGCAGCACAGAUCCUCGGUGCCCAAAACCUACCACUCCUGCCCCUGCGGAUUGCUAUCCUGGAAACACUGACCCACGUUGUCCACGACCAACUAGUCCAAAACCAGUUUGUUAUCCAGGAUCCCCCGACCCGAGCUGUCCUCAACCGUCUAGACCAACAACUUUAACCCCACCCACAUAUCUUCCUCCAUCUACUGCUACUCCAAAAUGUUACCCUGGCAGCACCGACCCUAGAUGCCCAAAACCCACUACUCCUGCUCCUCCCAACUGUUAUCCAGGUAGCACAGACCCUCGGUGUCCAAAACCCACAACACCUGCUCCUCCAAAUUGUUAUCCCGGAAGUAAUGAUCCUCGCUGCCCAAGACCAACUACGCCCGCUGCUCCCAAAUGUUACCCUGGUAGCACCGACCCUAGAUGCCCAAAACCCACUACUCCUGCUCCUCCCAACUGUUAUCAAGGUAGCACAGAUCCACGUUGCCCAAAACCCACUACCCCAGCCCCUCCCAACUGUUAUCCAGGAAAUAAUGAUCCUCGCUGCCCAAAACCAACUACGCCCGCUGCCCCUAAAUGUUACCCUGGCAGCACAGACCCUCGGUGUCCAAAACCCACUACCCCAGUCCCUCCCAACUGUUAUCCAGGAAACAAUGAUCCUCGCUGCCCGAAACCGACUACUCCUGCUGCCCCUAAAUGUUACCCUGGAAGCACAGACCCUCUGUGCCCAAAACCCACAACACCUGCCCCUCCAAACUGUUAUCCAGGGAACAAUGAUCCUCGUUGCCCAAGACCAACCACACCGGCCUCUCUCAACUGCUAUCCUGGAAAUCCUGACCCGCGUUGUCCACGACCAACUUCUCCAAAACCAGUGUGUUACCCAGGCUCCCCCGAUCCAAGCUGUCCUCAACCAACUAGACCAACUACUUUAACCCCACCCACGUAUCUUCCACCAUCUACUGUUACUCCAAAAUGUUACCCGGGCAGUACCGAUGCUCGUUGUCCAAAACCAACUACACCAGAAUCUCCUAACUGCUAUCCAGGAACUAAAGACCCACGCUGCCCAAGACCAACUACUCCUGCCCCUCCCAAGUGCUAUCCAGGUAGCACAGAUCCUAGGUGCCCAAAACCAACAACACCUGCGCCUCCUAACUGCUAUCCAGGUAAUAAUGAUCCUCGCUGCCCAAGACCAACUACGCCCGCUGCUCCCAAAUGUUACCCUGGCAGCACCGACCCUAGAUGCCCAAAACCCACUACACCUGCUCCUCCCAACUGUUAUCCAGGUAGCACAGACCCUCGGUGUCCAAAACCCACAACCCCUACGCCUCCUAAUUGCUAUCCAGGUAAUAAUGAUCCUCGCUGCCCAAGACCAACUACGCCUGCUGCUCCCAAAUGUUACCCUGGCAGCACCGACCCUAGAUGCCCAAAAGCCAGUACUCCUGCUCCUCCCAACUGUUAUCCAGGUAGCACAGACCCUCGGUGUCCAAAACCCACAACACCUGCUCCUCCAAAUUGUUAUCCGGGAAAUAAUGACCCUCGUUGCCCAAGACCGACAACGCCAGCACAACCUAAAUGUUACCCAGGAAGUACAGAUCCGCGGUGUCCCAAACCGACCACGCCUGCUCCUCCUAAAUGUUAUCCAGGUAAUACUGAUCCGCGUUGUCCACGUCCAACGAGUCCAAAACCAGUAUGUUACCCAGGCUCCCCUGACCCGAGCUGUCCUCAGCCAACUAGACCAACAACUUUAACCCCACCCACGUAUCUUCCACCAUCUACUGCUACCCCAAAAUGUUACCCGGGCAGUACCGAUCCUCGUUGCCCCAAACCAACUACACCAGCACCUCCUAAUUGUUACCCAGGAACGAAUGAUCCUCGCUGCCCAAAACCAACCACUCCUGCCCCUCCUAACUGUUAUCCAGGAAAUAAUGAUCCUCGCUGCCCAAAACCAACCACUCCUGCCCCUCCUAAGUGUUAUCCAGGUAGCACAGAUCCUCGGUGUCCAAAACCAACAACACCUGCACCACCUAACUGCUAUCCGGGAAAUAAUGAUCCUCGUUGCCCAAGACCGACUACUCCAGCACAACCUAAAUGUUACCCAGGAAGUACAGAUCUGCGUUGUCCCAAACCAACCACUCCUGCCCCUCCUAACUGUUAUCCAGGUAGCACAGAUCCAAGGUGCCCUAAACCAACAACACCUGCACCACCUAACUGCUAUCCGGGAAAUAAUGAUCCUCGUUGUCCAAGACCGACUACUCCAGCACAACCUAAAUGUUACCCAGGAAGUACAGAUCCACGGUGUCCCAAACCAACCACACCUGCUCCUCCUAAAUGUUAUCCAGGUAAUAAUGACCCGCGAUGUCCACGUCCAACGAGUCCAAAACCAGUAUGUUACCCAGGCUCCCCUGACCCGAGCUGUCCUCAACCACCUAGACCAACAACUUUAACUCCACCCACAUAUCUCCCACCGACUACUGCUGCUCCCAAAUGUUACCCUGGCAGCACAGACCCUCGUUGCCCAAAACCUACUACUCCUGCCCCUCCCAACUGUUAUCCGGGAAAUAAUGAUUCUCGUUGCCCAAAGCCAACCACUCCUGCCCCUCCUAACUGCUAUCCAGGAACUAACGACCCUCGUUGCCCAAGACCAACUACGCCCUCUGCUCCCAAAUGUUACCCUGGCAGCACCGACCCUAGAUGCCCAAAACCCACUACUCCUGCUCCUCCCAACUGUUAUCCAGAUAGCACAGACCCUCGGUGUCCAAAACCCACAACACCUGCUCCUCCAAAUUGUUAUCCCGGAAGUAAUGAUCCUCGCUGCCCAAGACCAACAACACCUGCCCCUCCAAUCUGUUAUCCAGGUAGCGCAGACCCUCGGUGUCCAAAACCCACAACACCUGCUCCUCCAAAUUGUUAUCCGGGAAAUAAUGACCCUCGUUGCCCAAGACCGACAACGCCAGCACAACCUAAAUGUUACCCAGGAAGUACAGAUCCGCGGUGUCCCAAACCGACCACGCCUGCUACUCCUAAAUGUUAUCCAGGUAAUACUGAUCCGCGUUGUCCACGUCCAACGAGUCCAAAACCAGUAUGUUACCCAGGCUCCCCUGACCCGAGCUGUCCUCAGCCAACUAGACCAACUACUUUAACCCCACCCACGUAUCUUCCACCAUCUACUGCUACUCCAAAAUGUUACCCCGGCAGUACCGAUCCUCGUUGUCCCAAACCAACUACACCGGCACCUCCUAAUUGUUACCCAGGAACAAAUGAUCCUCGCUGCCCAAAACCAACCACUCCUGCCUCUCCUAACUGUUAUCCAGGCAGUACAGAUCCUAGGUGCCCUAAACCAACAACACCUGCACCGCCUAACUGUUAUCCAGGAAAUAAGGAUCCACGCUGCCCAAGACCAACUACGCCCACUGCUCCCAAAUGUUACCCUGGCAGCACCGAUCCUAGAUGCCCAAAACCCACUACUCCUGCUCCUCCCAACUGUUAUCCAGGUAGCACAGAUCCACGUUGCCCAAAACCCACUACCCCAGCCCCUCCCAACUGUUAUCCAGGUAGCACAGAUCUUAGGUGCCCAAAACCAACUUCGCCUGCGCCACCUAACUGCUAUCCAGGAAAUAAUGACCCUCGCUGUCCAAGACCAACUACACCCGCUGCUCCCAAAUGUUACCCUGGCAGCACAGAUCCUCGGUGCCCAAAACCUACAACACCUGCCCCUGCAAAGUGUUAUCCAGGUAGCACAGAUCCACGUUGCCCUAAACCUACUACUCCUGCACCUCCCAACUGUUAUCCUGGAAAUACAGAUCCACGUUGCCCACGACCUUCCAGUCCAAAACCAGUGUGUUACCCGGGAUCUCCCGAUCCAAGCUGUCCUCAACCAUCUAGACCAACAACUCUAACCCCACCUACGUAUCUUCCACCAUCUACAGCAACCCCAAAAUGCUACCCAGGUAGUACUGAUCCACGCUGUCCUAGACCCACUACCGAGUCACCACCGAGAUGUUAUCCUGGAUCAGCUGAUUCUAGAUGUCCGAAACCCACUACCGAAGCACCACUAAGAUGUUAUCCUGGUUCAACUGAUCCUAGAUGUCCGCAGCCCACUACCCAAGCUCCUCCAAAUUGCUUUCAUGGAAGCAAUGAUCCACGCUGUCCCCGACCCACUACCGAAGCACCACUAAGAUGUUAUCCUGGUUCAACUGAUCCUAGAUGUCCAAAACCCACUACACAAGCUCCUCCUAAUUGCUACCCAGGAAGCAGUGACCCACGCUGUCCCCGACCCACUACCGAAACACCACUUAGAUGUUAUCCUGGUUCAACUGAUCCUAGAUGUCCAAAGCCCACUACACAAGCUCCUCCUAAUUGCUACCCAGGAAACAGUGACCCACGCUGUCCCCGACCCACUACCGAAGCACCACUAAGAUGUUAUCCUGGUUCAACUGAUCCUAGAUGUCCGAAACCCACUACACAAACUCCUCCUAAUUGCUACCCAGGAAACAGUGACCCAAGAUGCCCCAAACCCACUACCGAUGCACCACCGAGAUGUUAUACUGGUUCAACUGAUCCUAGGUGUCCCAAGCCAACAACCACGAGACCGGUGUGUUACCCUGGUUCUGCUGAUCCAAAAUGCCCUCAACCAUCAAGACCAACAACUUUGAAUCCGCCAACUUACUUACCACCAUCAACAGGUACUCCUAAAUGUUAUCCCGGCUCAACUGAUCCUCGUUGCCUCAAGCUAACAACUGAAAGUUCACUGAAGUGUUACCCAGGGUCAAAUGAUCCCAGAUGUCCUAAACCCACUACAGAAGCACCUUUGAGAUGUUAUCCAGGAUCUAGUGAUGCUAGAUGUCCAAAGCCAACAACUGAAGAGCCUUUGAGAUGCUUCCCAGGUUCAACUGAUCCCAGAUGUCCAAAGCCUACGACCGUAGCUCCUCCAAGAUGUUAUCCUGGAUCAAAUGAUCCCAGAUGUCCAAGGCCGACAACCGAAGCGCCUUUAAGAUGCUACCCAGGUUCAAAAGACCCAAGAUGUCCCAAACCACAACCGCCUCCUACACCCAGUUCCUGUUAUCCAGGUUCUAGAGAUCCAAAAUGCCCUCAACCUUUUGCUCCAAGUAGUACAAACCCUCCUUCUACGUACUUACCACCAUUUCCUGCCGAAAAUGAAAUUCAAUCUCCAAGAAACGCUAGAUUAGCGUCAAUAAGUACCGACUAUGAUGAGAAUCAGUCUGAUAUAGAUAAUUUUGAAUUCACAAGAACAAAACCGAGAUCAAGAAAUACUAGGGAUCUGAGUCACGUGAGCGGAUCUGUAGUUGAUGUCACGAAAGGAUCACCAGUCGUGUACAUGACAGUUGGCUCGGCUGUAUUUAUGGUUAUAUGCAUCACUAUUACGAUUUAUAUGUAUAGAAAACGCAGACAAAACAUGUCAAACAAGCACGCAAACGAAGCUCAAACUUCUUGUUAA